AUGGCGGGGGGCGGCGGGAGGCCCCGCUGCUCCCCGGGCUCUCUCCUGGGUGUGGCGGCCGUGGUGGUAGCGGCGGGAUGGGCAAGAGAGGAACUGAAGGAAGAGCAAUCUAUUGAUUUAAUUGGAAAGAAUGAAGUUUAUGGUGACACCAGGCAUGAAGUGAGUGUGUACGUUAAGGUGUUCACAAACAGCCCGUUCCUGGUCUGUAUGGAUUUGGCUCUUUCUCAAGAAAGAAUAAUAGAUCCCAACUAUUUGUGGAUUGGUCCAGAUGGAACAGAUUUACAAGGGCAAGGAUAUGUGAAUCUGACAGAGACAGGGAAGCUGAUGGUGAUGGGUUUCAGGGUGUCAAUGUCUGGUGCCUACACUUGCAUUCUCUCCCACAAAGUCAUCGAAACUACAACACAGGAAGAAACAGAAAUGAUUGAGGCCUAUAAAUUCAUGGUUUAUGCCUACAGGGAAGCUGACCAUGCCUAUCAGAUGUCUGUUCGCUUUAGCACAACGCAUUGCAGGCUGAAAAACAACGGCUUGUUCGUCGAGAGAUUGAACAAAAUCCUCAACAGUACCAUCUCCCACCUGACCUGCCACAUCACAGAGUCGUCCUACAAGUGCCACUCAAUCAGGACACCAAAGAACGGCCUCCAGCAUGAGCUGUUUGUUAAUUUUCUAGUCAAUCCAUUUGCACCAGGAUGGGAAGAAGUUUGCCUCAAGGUUCCUUAUGACUGUGAGGAUGUGACAAAUGGGAGAGUCCGACAGGCAGCAGAGCUAAUUGGAGAGUUUUUCCAUCAGCUGAAGCAUGUUUUGAAGCAUGAGUUUCAUGCUGUUCCUACAAUUCAGUACGUGGACAACAGCCUCUCCAUGACUCCCAUCGACAGCUGCCGGCCAGGUUUUGGGAAAAAUCACCACACUCACCAGAACUGUGCCAGCUGCUGUGUGGUUUGUGGUCCUGGAACUUACAGUCCCAACAAUGAGGUGACGUGUCGGACCUGUGCCAGCCCUCAAGCCAGAAUGUAUGGAGCAGAAUCCUGCUAUUAA